UCAGCAUUCAUCCCUGCAGAUAAACUCCAACAAAUACCAGAAAUCUCUGAGAAAAACAUCAAACUCCAAGAUGAUAUUGCUCUUCCUCCUGUUUGGUCUCUCUCUGGCUGCUGUGGUUCCUUCAGACAGACAGGAGAUGAAGCUCCAGCGGGGCGGCUGCCCCCCGUUCUGGUUCAGCUUCAACGGCCGCUGCUACAAGUACGUCUCCACUUUGAUGACCUGGGCCGAUGCAGAGCAGUACUGUGUGACCCAAGGAGCAAACCUGGUGUCCAUCCACAGUCGGGCAGAAGAGAACUUUGUCAAACUUCUGAUCAGAAACUUUGAUCACGCUGAGGGAGUCAACUGGAUCGGACUCUCUGACAUUCAUAAGGAUGGAAGAUAUUUCUGGUCUGACGGGUCCAGAUUCAACUUCAAGCUGUGGAAUGCAAAAGAACCAAACAAUUCAGGAGGACCUGAACCGUGCGUGCACACCAACGUUGGCCCAUCCAAGGGAUGGAACGAUUCUGUGUGCACAGGCAAAUACUCCUCUGUUUGUAAAGCUCGUCCGGUUUGCUGAGGAUGUCAUUCUGAAUCUGCUCAGUUGUUUUAAAUGUGUUAAUCAGAAAACAUCAAACUCAACAGGAGAAUUAAGGGUUUUCCAGAAGGUUUUGUGUAAUUGGGUUGGGUUUUUUUAAAAUGAUUUUUGACCUUUGUUUAUCAUUCUUUAUAAUUACUAAUUUUUUUGUGAAGCUUGCCCAGUUUUCUGAUAUUGCUACUCCUUACAUGUGCUUGUCAGAAAUAUCAACUGAAGCAAAUAAAGCUUUGAAGAAAUUUGACUGAAGUUUGUUUAGAUUUCCAAAAA